CGCCCGAGCAGUCUCCGCAGCGGAACCGGGCCUCGGCCGCUGGGCAGGGCUCCUCGGUUGGGCUCUGCGGACGCCUCGGCCCGCCUGGAUGGAGCCGCGUAGCGGCGGAAGAGCAGGAGGCUCCGCAGCCGGGAGCGCGGCGCUGGCACUGACCCGUCCGGCGGGAGCCGCUGCGGCGGAGACUGCGGCGGGCCCCGCGCUGGCCGCCCCGUGAGCGCCCGGAGCCUCGCCGUCGCCUCGCCGGGCUCAAUGAGCAAGUGCUGCGCCCGGCCGCGGCCAUGGCUCCCCUCCCCGCGUACCUCAGCCAGGCGGCAGUGCUGGUGCUGGUCAGCUGCGACCUGUGCCUCGUGCGCGCAAAUCGGCCCCCGUCGCCCGUCAACGUCACCGUCACCCAGCUCAAGGCCAACUCCGCGAUGGUCUCGUGGGAUGUCCCGGAAGGGGACGUCGUCAUCGGCUAUGCUAUCUUGCAGCAGCGGCAGGACGGGCAGAUGCAGCGCUUCAUCCGGGAGGUGAACACGACGACGCGGGCGUGCGUGCUCUGGGACCUGGCCGAGGAUGCCGACUAUGUAAUCCAGGUGCAGAGCAUCGGCCUGCACGGCGAGAGCCAGGCCAGCAAGAGGGUCCACUUCCGCACCCUCAAGCAGAGUGACCGCCUGCCGUCCAACAGCUCCAGCCAGGGAGACAUCACCAUGGAGGGGCUGGACAAGGAGCGGCAGCUGCAGACGGGCGAGAUCGUCAUCAUUGUGGCUGUGCUGUUCAUGUGGGCAGCGGUGAUCGCCCUCUUCUGCAAGCAAUACGACAUCAUCAAGGACAACGACUCAAACAACAAUAAGGAGAAGAGCAAGCCGGCCUCGGAGCACAGCACGCCCGAGCGGCCCAGCGGAGGCCUCCUCCGUAGCAAGAAGAUGAAAUCGCCCUCUGUCAACAUCAUCGAGGUGUAGCUGAAACUACCGGGGACCUCAGUGGCCUCCGCCCUGCCACCGCCGCCACGGCCUCCUGCUUCCCUGCAUGCAAAGAGUUCCUGCUUCUUUUCGCCCCAGGAGGAGAAGACCUGCAUGGAGCCCGCCGGGGCCAAAGUGCAUGCGGAACACCGGCCUCACCCUCUCGCCCAACCCUUCUCUCUGGGGCCACCGCCAACUGGGAGCGCAGCAGCAGCGGCACCCACCGGGCAGGCCAGCGCCACCCACCGCUACCAUCCAAAGAGGCUGGCGGGAGCUAAAGGCGCGACCUCGCCCAGCCCC